AUGUACGAAAUCCAAGUAUUGUCGCAUAUCCUUGGGCUGGCUAACUGUGAGAAGGUCACCAACUUUUUGGAAGAGCAUCCUGGGGGCUCCCAGGCGAUCCUACGUUGCGCAGGAAGGGACGCCACCGAGGACUUCGAUUUAAUACAUCCCGCUGAGACACUCAAAGAGAUCGAAUCUUCGUAUCUUGGGCUCUGCGAGCCACAAAAGCCAAAAGAUCCACCCUCAAAUCUCGCUCUUGAAGAAAAGACAGACCUCAACACACUGCUGAACCUUGAGGAGAUCGAAGAGGCUGCAACAAAAGUGAUAAGUAAAAAGGCCUGGGCAUACUAUUACUCUGCCUCGGACGACAAGAUAUCAAAGCUUCAGAACACACAAGCAUAUCGGUCAAUUAUGCUGCGACCACGGAUAUUUGUGGACUGCAGAGCCUGCGAUCUUGAAAUGAAAAUUCUUGGUCAUAGGGUUGGACUGCCCCUGUUUGUCAGCCCCACCGCCAUGGCACGCCUGGGGCGUUCCACCGGCGAGGCGGGGAUCGCCCAAGGAUGUCGCCCAUUCAAUGCGUUGCAGAUAAUCGCAAACAACUCCUCAGUCUCCCCCGAAGAUGUCGUUGCUGGUGCAACUCCUGGGCAGAUAUUUGGAUGGCAAUUGUACGUCCAGCUGAACAGGAAGUCCAGCGAGGAUAUGCUAGCGCGCGUCGAUCGACUUGAUCAAAUCAAGUUCAUUGUGUUGACUCUGGAUGCACCAGUAUCCGGGAAAAGAGAAGAUGACGAGCGAAUCAAUAUCCAGGCCAGCUCAACAGGAAGCGUCAGUGCCCAGCUAUUCGCUGGAACGGACCCGUCCCUCACCUGGGCAGACACUCUCAAGUGGCUAUCCAAGCAUACAAAGAAGCCUGUUGUCCUCAAGGGAAUACAAACGCACGAGGAUGCACUCCUAGCAACUCAGUAUGCCCCCUUUGUCAAGGCGAUCGUGCUUUCAAACCACGGAGGAAGAUCGCUCGAUACAGCACCGCCGGCUGUACACACCCUCCUGGAGAUCCAAGCAUACUGUCCCGAUGUCUUCAAGCGAGUGGAGGUCUGGGUAGAUGGUGGUAUUCGUCGAGGAACGGAUGUCAUCAAAGCGCUCUGUCUUGGGGCCAGGUGCGUUGGAAUAGGGAGACCAGCCCUCUGGGGUCUAGCCGCGGGCGGCGCCGAGGGUGUUGAGCGAACGCUGAAAAGUAAGUCGGACUUGAAAGUAUGUGACUUGGCGCUAAUAAUCAUCUCCCAAUGA